CUCCGACCGGUUCGGUGUCUUAUGCGAUCGCGAGCUCAGAACGCUUUCAGCCACAUAUUCCGGGUAAUAGUAGAAUCCCCCAGCAUCGAGAGUGAGUUAAGAUAUUGUGCGCGUGCGCAGCAACCCACGCGAGAUUUUUUCCUCAGCUCUGCGGCUUUGAACAUCCAAGUCGAAAUUCGUUUCGUUUCGUUUUUAUGCAAAUUUUUAACGGCGAAACAAAAUACUAGUAUCACCGCGCGUUUCGUCACAGUGUGAAAGUAAAGAAAAAAAAUUCUUUGUGCAAAAAGAAAUUUUCACAGUUCAGCGAAUAUUACGAAAUACUUACGUUGAUUGGUAACAACAGAAAAAAAUUGAGUGUGUACGAAAGCAAAUAGAAAAGAGAGUUUCGAUCAUUGUGUGCGUGUUAAUUGUUCAACAAAACAGUGUGAAUUUGUAUUUGUUCAACUUAACGGCAAAUUGUGGAUUUCAGUUCAGUAUUUUUGUGGAGCAUAAGGAGAAAAGUCUUCGGUAAAGCAGCUUACCAACUGGCAACGCGAAGGCGUCAAAGGGAAUUGAAAGGAGUGCAGGCAAAUUGAAAAGGACUAUUCGCACACUGUGGCCAGCGGAGGAGGAGGAAAUCGAACCGAAUGCAGUAUCUCAACUACGCUCUGCAGACAUCCACGCGACUGCUGACGUACCAGGGCCCGAACCAGGAUCUCUAUCCUGACCACACAGGAGUUGCCUCCGCCCACGAGGAGGAAAUCAAGCACGCCUGCUGCAGUCGCGGCGCCCAGCUGCUGAGAUUGCGCCACCGAGAGCUGGCCAAGCGACGGGCUCUCGAGGAUCAGAUUAACGCCAACCAGGACCAGGAACAUCAGGAGGAGGCGGUGGAGGAGGAGGACUCUCAGGAACAGCAGGAGCAGCUGCCAGAGGAGUCGGACAGCGAGCAAGGAGCCGUAGGCGGGGAGCAUCUGCAUCCGCAGCCAGUCCAAUGA